AUGAAUGUAUUGCAUAACGUGGUCCGCAUCCAUAUACCGGAUUUAUUGGCCGCAGUACCUAUUCCUGAGACCUUUUCUGGGCUCUUUUCGCUAUCACUUAGGGAUCUUGUUAGGCUAACUGUUUUCAGCGGUGUUUUUACCGCUCUAGGUUACUCCGUGUAUUUCACUGUGAGAAAUAGAUGCUUUUACCACCAUAUCAAUGAAGUAAUUAAAAAGAACCAGGAAAAGGUGGUUGACUUUAUUGACAUCGAGUCGAUUGGCAGGAAGGGCUUCCCACUUUGCGAUGGAACGCACAAUGCUCACAAUGCGGAGACUGGUGAUAACGUUGGUCCACUUAUCAUUGAGUCAAAGAAACAUGUUUAA